GCAGGACACAAUGGAUUGCAACCUCCAACUCAUGCCUUCCCCGAUCGUCCCCAGUCAGAUUCUGUCUUCAUGUGCGAAGCUCCUCCUCCGUAUCCGGGAAUCGGACCAGAUCGAAACCCAAUGCCUACAGAACAACUUCAUCGAGCUGGAACAGCCUCACCACCUCCAUAUUCAGCUGACUCGGAAGGCUUGAGAAGAAGACACUGA